AUGAAACACAUAUAUAAAACGCAUUGGCCGGUCCCCAGAGGUCACCUUUACACGUUGGAGACCACAGGCUAUUCUCUGAUGGCUCUGGUCAAGGCUAAGAUGUUUGACCAGGUUGGUAGCGUGGUGAAAUGGUUGACUGAGCAGAGGUUCCACAGCGGGAGAUACCAGUCCACCCAGGCCACCAUCAUAGUGUUCCAGGCUGUGGCUCAGUACAUGAUGGAAGUACCUGACAUUAAGGAUCUGGACCUUAAAGUGAGCAUCGAUGUCAGCGGCCGUUCCAAACCCAUCAAGUGGAGCUUCAACAAUGACAAUGCUUACAUCACUCGCUCAGACAAGAUUUGGAUUGACCAAAACCUGACUGUCACUGCCAAAGGUGCAGGCCAGGCGACCAUGUUAGUGGUGACCUUAUACCACGCUUUGCCAGAGGAAAAGGACACAGACUGCAAGAACUUUGACCUGCAGGUUAAGAUAGAGAAACAGCCAGAAGUUAGUGAUGAGAACGCACUGGAAACAUACAUACAGUACCUGUCCCCAGACAGAGAUGCAGCCAUGUCUGUCCUGGAUAUUACUUUGCUCACAGGAUUCAAUGCAGACAAGUAUGACCUUGCAAAGUUAACCUCCAGAAGAGAUCGGUAUGUCCAGAAGAUUGAGAGGGACAAAAAAAUGUCUGACAAGGGCUCCCUCCUUUUCUACCUGGAUAAGGUCUCUCACAUGCUGUCUGACAAAGUGGUCUUCAGGAUACACCAGAUGACCAGAGUGGGUCUGCUUCAACCAGCUGCUGUCACCCUGUAUGAGUACUAUGCUAUGGAAAACCACUGCAUGAAGUUUUACCACCCGCAGAAGAAAGGUGGAGCCCUGAACAGGAUCUGCCAUGAGGAGGUGUGCCGGUGUGCGGAAGAGAACUGCAGUUACCAGAAGGAACAGAGAUCCACCGAUUUAGAUUUGCAAAAGAACAGUGGCGGCGGGUGA